AUGACAUUAGAUUUGAGCUUUGCAUUGGAUGCAAAGGUUUCGCUAAACACUGACGAUUCCUCAGAAGCGAUUGCCACCGUAUGGCUGCCGAUUUACUCCACAGCCAAUGUGACACUAUUCCAGUCAUUGGAUAGUUGUAGCACGGAGUGCUCAUCUACAACCUGGAGCACAUUCCAUCCGGAUCCGAAAUCAGAUAUUCACAUAGGUUAUGAUAAGACAGCAGAGGCUUUAGUUUAG